UUCCGAGUAAGCCACGCCCACUGCUCAGACCUCCGAGUUGAGCGCUUCUCCACAGUAGGUCCGUACAGACUCUGCGAGCGCUGAAGAAGAAGAAGAAGAAGAAGGCUUUUAAGUUUUGCUGCUGUUGUCUUCGUGUCCUCUGUAUCCAUAAUGAACAGUACCGGCUACACCAAACCAGGAAAGACAUUCCUCUUCACCUCGGAGUCUGUCGGUGAAGGACACUCUGAUAAAAUGUGUGAUCAAAUAAGUGAUGCUGUUUUGGAUGCAUAUCUCUCUCAAGACCCUGACUCCAAAGUGGCGUGUGAGUGCGUAGCUAAGACAGGUAUGAUCCUGCUGUGUGGAGAAGUGACAUCAAGGGCAGUAGUUGAUCUUCAGAAAGUGGUCAGAGAUACUGUGAAGAGUAUUGGAUAUGAUGACUCAUCCAAGGGUUUUGACUACAAGACCUGCAAUGUGCUUGUGGCCUUGCAGCCGCAGUGCGUCGAGAUUAGUGACUGUGUAUUUGAAGGAAGAGACGAAGAGGACAUUGGCGCUGGUGACCAGGGUUUAAUGUUUGGCUAUGCGACAGAUGAGACAGAGGAGUGCAUGCCACUGACUAUCCUCCUGGCCCAUAAGCUCAAUUAUAAGAUGAAAGAACUGUCAGGGAAUGGAGAGUGCCCAUGGAUACUGCCUGACUCUAAAUCCCAGGUUACGGUGGAAUAUCGUGAUAACAUGGGAGCUAUGGAGCCACUCCGAGUCCACACAGUAGUCAUCUCCGUUCAACAUAAACCUGACAUCACAUUGUCCAAAAUCCGACAGACUCUGAUGGAAAAAGUGGUCAAGGCAGUAAUCCCAGCAAAGUACCUGGAUGACAGGACAAUCUAUCACCUACUGCCUAGUGGGAAGUUCCUUAUGGGUGGUCCACAAGGAGAUGCAGGCCUUACUGGGAGAAAGAUCAUUGUUGACACAUAUGGUGGCUGGGGAGGCCAUGGAGGCGGGGCCUUCUCCGGUAAGGAUCACUCUAAAGUGGACCGUUCUGGAGCCUAUGCGGCUCGCUGGGUGGCCAAAUCUCUUGUCAAAGCCAAACUAUGCAGAAGGGCACUGGUACAGAUCUCCUAUGCCAUUGGGAUAAGCCAUCCUUUGUCAGUCUCCGUUUUUCAUUAUGGAACAUCAACAAGAGAUGAAGACGAGCUUCUGGAAAUUGUUCAGAAGAAUUUCGACCUAAGGCCAGGAGCAAUCAUCAAAGAGCUUGGUCUGAAAAGACCCAUCUACCAGAAAACUGCCAGCUAUGGACAUUUUGGAAGAGAGGAGUUUCCCUGGGAAAAACCAAAGAAACUAGUGUUUUGACUCUGCUAAACAAGCCCACUGUUAAAUCUGUUUUUGUUUUCCUUGAUUGCACAAAUCUACGUGAAGAGGCACAAAAUAUGGGGAAUUUUAAGCAUAUGUGGGAUUGUAGUGUAAAUGACCACAGUUGUUUGGAGAAUGGACUUUAGGAAAUAUAUUAAAAGAAAAUGAAUUUGCCUUUAUUUGAAGACAAUUUCUUUUUUGUUCCUCUUUCAGAAGGGAUUUUCUGAUGUUCUCUGAGCUCUCUGCUGUGGCCUUUUUGACAUUAAUGUUUUAAUGGUAAUGUUAAUUAAAGGAAGUUGCUGUUCCUCUUCAAAACAUUCAGAUUAUUUCUGUUUUUUGUUGUAAAUUUGUUAAAGUAAAUUUCUGCAUCCUGUCUGUCUUUUACAUUAAUUUUAGAAGAAAAAAUAUAUGCAUAAUAUAAUAAUGAUAUAUUCAUGUGGAAUAAAACAAGGUCUCUGGAAA